CCCAGAGUGCAGCGGGGUGGCAAGGGAAGGCAGGGGGGAAGGGACAGUCGGUCGCAGACCGCGCUGGGUUGCCGCCGCCGCUGCAGCCAUCGUGCCAGCCCCUCGGGUCUCAACGAGGCCGGGUGACGCUCCAGAAUGGGAGACAAGCCAAUUUGGGAGCAGAUUGGAUCCAGCUUCAUUCAACAUUACUACCAGUUAUUUGAUAACGACAGAACCCAACUAGGCGCAAUUUAUAUUGACGCGUCAUGCCUUACGUGGGAAGGACAGCAAUUCCAGGGGAAAGCUGCCAUUGUGGAGAAAUUGUCUAGCCUUCCGUUCCAGAAAAUCCAGCAUAGCAUCACGGCGCAGGACCAUCAGCCCACGCCAGAUAGCUGCAUCAUCAGCAUGGUUGUGGGCCAGCUCAAGGCCGAUGAAGACCCCAUCAUGGGGUUCCACCAGAUGUUCCUAUUAAAGAACAUCAAUGAUGCUUGGGUUUGCACCAAUGACAUGUUCAGGCUUGCCCUGCACAACUUCGGCUGACCUCCUCCCAGCCAGGCACUCAUGCUGUUUCCUCCUCCCUCCUCUUCCCGAUAUUAUUCAUGCUCCUCCAGAUGCUCCAAAUAUCAUACACAAAUGAGCAGGGCCGCGGUGGGAGUGGGCGCAGUGCGCUACUGCUGCUGAGGUAUUGUGCAUGAUGUUUGGACGCUAGACUAGUUGCAUCUGACGGGAGAAGUUUGUGUUGUACCAGCGCAUGCCUUGGAAAGACUUAAGUAAUGCGAAAGGUUGUCUUUUUUUUUUUUUUUUUUUUUUUUUUUUUUUUUUUUUUUUUUUAAUCUACUGACAAGUUGCUCUAGUAACCCAAAGAAGUGAAGGAGAAAGCAGCUGCCUCACCACCGAGAUGUUGAUUUGUUCAGAUGUUUCAAUGCCUCAUGAUACAAUAAAACCACGAAAAUUUUCUUAACAGUUUAAAUUGUUUUAAUUAGUUUAAUAGUUGGCUGGGCAUCAGUAACUACCCUGCCUCAUUGGCUCUCUCAUGUCUCACCCUCCCACCUCUACCCCACUUCAGCGAUACCUGUUGCAAGGAGAAAACGCUGAAGCAUCACUCUCAGCUGGCUUCUCUCAGAAGCCCUGUAGGGCAGUGUUCCCUCCAUGGCCCACCUGGUCUUGGGAAAGUGAGCUGCAGACAGGCAGAGCUCAGGUCUGACCUGAAGCUUCCCUUGCGCUGAAGCCUCUGCAGUCAGUUCUGACACCUCCUGUGAUCUCUACACUGGGUAGGGUCAAGGCUCUAAUGACAUGUGAGAUGACCCAGAACCCCACUGAAGAUGGAAAAGCAAAAAUGGCCCAUUAGCUUCAGGCCCUCUGAACUGAGGGCUCAGCAAGACCAAGUAUGAGCAGAGGUUUGAGGGAGAAGGGCCUGUUCUAUCCACAGAAGGGUCAGGAUCACAUCCAGUGUGCCCCGUAAAUCCCAAGCCAAGCAGAGGGCAGCACUGAUGCUGUACCAUCUGCUGUGGAUAUCAUUACCCAAAGGGGAGUAACUCAAACAGCCAGCCUCCAAUGCCUAUGGAGCCAGGCCUGGUUGGGUUGGAGUAUAGAUUUAGAACUAUGAAAGAAAGCAUUCUGAGUUUGAGGGAUUUAGGUUCUAGGAUUUCUCACCCAUGAGACCUCUGCAAGGCAUCUCUAGGCCUCCUCCAAUUCCUUCCCUGACCACACACACACACCUUCACACUAUCUUCAAAUCCCAGGAAGUCUCAGCUGUUGGGGCAGUUUCUGCUCCUCAGUUUUGGGGACAAGCCUUGCCUAGUACAAAUCUAGCCCGUGAGCCCUGAGACCUUGGUGGUGUAAAACUGGUGGCAAGGUAGCAACCACGGGCUAGAAACAAACCCAGGACUUGGGCUGAUACCCUGUUAGGGGUUUUAGGAUUAGUGAGGGCACCACAGCUUUGCCUGACCUGCACAGCCCCCUUCCCUCCUGCACUAUGGAUGGAAGCCAAGGACUUCCUCAGACCCCCACUGGUUGCCUGGCUACACUGGGCUGGAUGGUGUGCUGUUUGAAAGGACAGCAUACUCAGGAGAUUUCAGUGGGGCUGAUUUCUUGGCUGCUGUGUAUUUGGGGGGUGGAGGUUGGGGAGAGAGGUAGAAACCUGCUGCCUCUUAAACCACCCUGUAUAAAAUCUGCAAUACAGCUUUUCCAUGUACCUGUGCCUGAAAUGUCUGCAAUA